AUGAAUAUUUUUUCAGCAGCCGUGCCGUUCGCAGCUCGCUUGUCAUUUAAAAUAGUAUACCAAUUUAAUGCGACUCCUAAAAUCUCCCCGUUAAAACAAAUUGCUCAAAUGACUCUGGAAAGAUUUGUAAGCUCCUGUGAAUUAUGGCUCAGGUUAGCCAUGUUUAUACUAGGACCACUCAGAGAUGCUCUUUUAAACGUUUUGUACAUCAACGGAGUGCCAAAGCAACCAAAAGAUUUGUACAAGUUUUUAAUAUCUAAGAAAACUCUACUGGCACAGUUAAAAGGCAGAGGGGUGAUUACUAAACCACAAUGGGAAAUUUUAUACCCCCAAGGUAAAACCGAAACCGACUCGAAUCUUUUCGAUAUUACGCUGAUUUUAGUGUUAAUUAAAGAAUUGACAACUAUUAAGCCAAAUGAUGGAAACUGGCGACAAGAUGAUCCACCAGGUAAUGACAAAUCAGUAGGAGCAUUUUGUAUUAGAGCAAGACAGAUGCGCAACUACCUCAUUCAUUUUCCUCGUAUAACAGCUUUAAAAGAGGCAGAAUUUUCAACCACAUGGGAUGAACUUCUUGUUGCGCCCCGCCGAAGGGACAAUUUGUUGCUGCGAGCAAUUAUUUUGUACAACCAAACGAAAUUAAACCAUCAUGACACUCAGAUACAUGAAUUGACAAAUAAAAAUCUGUCUCUUGAGAAUCAGACAAAUAAUAUAAUUAAAAAGUUAGAACGCAUGAGAUGUAAGUUGUGGAGUAAUUCUAAUGACAUCGAGGAUAUUCAAGAAGAGCUGGAGCAAGCACACAACUCUAUAACACAGAUGCAAGAAGAUAUUGCUUGUUUGAAAGAUGAUGUAAAAGGUCUGAAAGUUCGUGUAGAGAAACUGGAAUCGUGGCCAAAUUUUCUAACUGCAUUGCAAAAGCUGUAUCAACAGUACUAUCCAAUCAGUGUGAUUAGCAUCGCAAUUAUUGGUAUUGCUGUAUCCACAUGCUACUUUUCUUCAGCAUUAACAUACUGUAAUUCGGUAACAUACAGAACUAGAAUGUACGAUAUAGGACGUGGUUUUAAAGCAAACUUAAAAGAUCCAUUGCAUUUUCUUUUAGGUGACGACAAAAAUUUAAAAGAAGCUUCUGAUCUUUUAAGGCAGUAUUAUCUAGAAGGAAUAGGAAAAGAACACAUUGAAAGUAUAAAUGGACAAACUAUAUCCCGAAAAAGAUUCUAUGUAGACUUAGCAGUUGUGGAUAGCUUAGAUGUUGAUAUUAAUAACACACAUUCUGCUAGAGAGUUUCACAUCAAGCAGAUGUUAUCACAAAAAGGAAAAUGCACCAUGGAAAAUCUUUUGGAUGAAGAAAAUCAAAUUGUUUUGCUGAGAGGUAUUGGAGGAAUUGGAAAAUCUUUUAUGGUAAAGACAAUGGCCUUGAAUUGGGCUGAGAACCGUAUUUGGACAAAUUUUCGAUUUGUUUUUUUAUUCAAGUUUAGAGAAAUGAAUGUAGUUCGCAAUAUUUCAUCGCUCUCUGAUUUAGUCCUGAGAAAGUAUCCGCUCCUGUUUACAAAAAUAAAAUUCACUGACCUUGUUCCUGCUUCAAAAAAAAUUAUUUUUAUCAUGGACGGAUUGGAUGAGUUCACCAGAGUUGAAGAUUUGCAUAUUAUUUCAAAACAGGAGUCAGACAACGUUAGCGAUAUUUCAAAAGUCAUUUUUGAAACAAUAAAUCCGCAUAAUGCUUUAAUGCCUGGUCAUAAAACAGUUAUUACAUCCAGACCAAAUGCUUGUCCUGUUUUACGAAAGUCUUUUUCUACGGCUUCAAUUAAACAAGUUGAUAUUCUUGGAUUUAGCUCAGAGCAGGUACUUGAUUACAUUAAUGUUUUUAGUGGAUCAGAUACCAAACUUGGAAACCUUUUACGCAAAAAAAUUUAUGAAUCAAAGCAGUUAAAACUCCUUUCGAGGAUCCCAGUUUUUUUGUGGACAAUUUGCUCUCUAUAUCAAGAACAACGACUUCUCCAUGCACCGAAAACAACAACAGAGUUAUUUGUUUGGCAAUUAACGUUGUUUCUACAUCGACAUUACAAAACCCGACCAAGUAACCAACUUACAUCAAAUGUUUUUGAUAUUUUCAAAGAAAAGUGUGUACAAAAAGUUGUAUUUUCUUUGUCCUUUCUUGCACAAAAGAUGCUUGCAGAUGGCGUCAUUCUAAUAGAUGUCGCUGGCAUACCAAAGGAGAUAAGAAACGAAAAUAUUGAAGCUACUGGUUUAGUUUCAAAACUUCAAACAAUGGAUGGACUUAAGUAUCAAUUCAACCAUCUUUUAAUGCAAGAGUUUUUAACAGCUGUGUACUACUUCUUUCCUGAAGGCAAACAUAAAAAUGACAUUACAUCAAACCCCUCGUUAUCUGGCUGUUUACCACUUGUUUGUGGUCUGCACGGAGCUUUAAAAGUUAAAUCUGAGUCUUCGUCUAUUUUAAAACAAUUUGUAAAAAAUAUGGGACUUGUUCAACAUGGAAUUAAUCCUCUUAACAACUUGUUAAGAACUAAAAAUCCGCAAUUACUUCAAGGAAUAUUUGAAUACCAAAACAACCUUAGCGAAAAGAUCAUUCAACAGUGUAAACUGACAUCUGGUUGCAGUGAUUUAUUCUUAACAGUGGAUGCUUCACACACACAAUCUGAGCUUGUGUAUUUUCUUGAAAAAUACAGAAAUGACUUUGAUGUAUUGGGUAUAACAUUUAAACAAAAUCAAGGUGGCGUAUCCUGUGUAGUUGGAUUGUCAAAAAUCAUGUCAGACAUUUGUAGUGUAAGCAGUUUGAUUAUAUAUUCUAAUUCUUUUGAUCAAGGCAGUUUAAAGUAUUUCAUAACUUCAUUGCACUAUUGCUCCAAAAACUCGGUUUAUACUUCUAAAUGGUAUUCCAUAAUUUUUGUUUAUUGGGGAGAGGAUUUCGAUAGAGAUUACGGUGAAGUGACUCGCGCUUUAUUUGAUACUUUACUACUUUAUAAACAAGUUCACUUGCAUGUACCCUCUCACUCACGACGGGUGAUCUACGAUCUUCGUAAAUCAAUAAUGCAAAACAAAUAUGAAAUGAGAUUAGAAAAGCUACAUUUAGACAUUCGUGCGAUAAAGCCAUAUUUUUGUGAGAUGUUAGCUGAAAUAUUGUUGCGUGUUAAAGACGUUGAAGUACAGAAAACUAGAAGCGCAUUUUACAGAUUUUCUGACGAAGAAGUAGACUGCUUAAAGCAAGCAUUGGACAAAUUGUUGAAAGAAACUUAAAUUAAGUCUAAAUUUUUGAAC